AUGUCGUUCGAUAAACUCCCCUUGGAGCCAUUGUUUGCCAAGAUCGAUGAGUUGAAGCCGCAAUUCAUCGACCGUUUGGCCAAAGCCAUUGCCAUCCCUUCCGUUUCUUCGGACGAGACCCUUAGACCAAAAGUCGUGGACAUGGCGGCUUUUUUGGUCAACGAACUUACAACCUUGGGUUUCACAGACAUCCAGUUGAAGGACUUGGGCACACAGCCACCUCCAGUUGCCGACCCAACGCUCCAGUUGCCUCCUAUUGUUUUGGCCCGCUUUGGAUCGGACCCUGCCAAGAAGACCGUUUUGGUUUACGGCCAUUACGACGUGCAACCAGCUCUUAAGGAGGACGGUUGGAACACUGAGCCAUUCACCAUGUACCACGACACUGCCGCUGAAAUUUUGUACGGUCGUGGUGCCACCGACGACAAAGGUCCAGUUUUGGGCUGGCUCAACGUCAUUGAGGCCCACAACGCCUUGGGCUGGGAACUUCCAGUCAACUUGGUGUGCUGUUUCGAAGGAAUGGAGGAAUCUGGUUCUCUCGGUUUGGAUGGCCUUAUUGCGCAAGAAGCCAAGAAGUAUUUCAAGACUGUCGACACUGUUUGUAUUUCCGACAACUACUGGCUUGGAACAACCAAACCCGUGUUGACCUACGGUUUGCGUGGCUGCAACUACUACCAGGUGACUGUGGAAGGUCCAGGUGCCGACUUGCACUCGGGUAUUUUCGGUGGUGUUGUGGCAGAGCCCAUGACCGAUUUGGUGCGUAUUUUGGCCCAGUUGGUUGAUGGAAACGGUAAGAUUUUGGUGCCAGGCGUUUCCGACAUGGUCGCUCCUUUGACAGAAAAGGAAGAUGCUUUGUAUGACGACAUUGACUUUUCUGUGGAUGAGUUGCACGCUGCCUGUGGUUCCGAAACUGGCUUGCACGACAACAAAAAGGACAUUUUGAAGCACCGCUGGAGAUACCCAUCCUUGUCGAUCCACGGUGUCGAGGGCGCCUUUUCUGGUGCUGGUGCAAAAACUGUCAUCCCAGCCAAGGUUGUGGGUAAGUUUUCCAUCCGUACCGUGCCAAACAUUGAGUCUGCCAAGUUGGACCAAUUGGUUUUCGAGCACGUCAAGAAGGUUUUCGCUGACCUUGGCUCUAAGAACAAAAUGACCGUUGAGUUGAUCCAUGAUGGUGACUACUGGGUCUCUGACCCCUUCAACGAGUCCUUCAGCGCUGCCUCCAAGGCAACUGAACACGUUUGGAACGUCAAGCCCGACUUUACUCGUGAGGGUGGUUCGAUCCCAAUCACUUUGACUUUCGAGAAAGAGCUUGGAACCCAGGUCCUUUUGUUGCCUAUGGGCCGUGGUGAUGACGGUGCUCACUCCAUCAACGAGAAGUUGAAUGUGAGCAACUACAUCAACGGAUGCAAGACCUUGGGUGGCUACUUGCACUACUACGGUAAGGCUUAA